AUGGCGGCCUACAACGCGAACGGCACGGUGAACGACAGCGUGCCCGUCAUCGACAUCUCGUCCUUCGUCUCCGACGGCGGCGCCGACGCGGGCACGAGCGCCUGCGCGGCCAUCGCCGCGGCGCUCCACAGCCACGGCUGCCUCGUCGUCAAGGACCCGCGUGUCGAGGCGAGCGCCAACGAGGAGUUCCUCGACAUGAUGGAGCGCUACUUCGAGCAGAGCGACGGUUCCACCGACGCGCGGCCCCACCUCCACUACCAGGUCGGCGUCACUCCGUCCGAGGUCGAGAAGCCGCGCGGCCACUGCGCGUUCGGCAAGACGCUCAAGGACGUGCCCGUGAGCGAGUGCCCGCCCGUGCCCGACGCCAAGUGGCGCUUCUUCUGGCGCAUCGGCGAGCGGCCCGCGGAGACGGCCUUCGAGGAGCUGAACGCGCCCGCCGUCGUGCCGGAGGCCUUCGCGGACGAGUGGAAGCCCAAGAUGGACGGCUGGGGCGAGAAGCUCGUGGCGACGGCGGAGACCGUCGCGGAGAUGGCGGCGCUGGGCUUCGGCCUCGAGCGCGCGGCGUUCAAGGACCGCAUGGCCUGCGCGCCGCACCUGCUCGCGCCGACGGGCUCCGACCUGAAGAAGCUCGCCGAGUCGGACCCGGCGGACGACGAGGAGCCCCGGGCCAAGAAGGCGCGCAUGCUCGGCCAGGCCGUCGAGCUCAACACCGUGCUCGCCGGCUUCCACUACGACCUCAACUUCCUCACGGUCCACGGCAAGAGCCGGUUCCCGGGGCUCAAGGUCUGGACGCGCGCGGGCCACGUCGUCGUCCCCAAGAUCCCCCCGGGCCACCUCUUCCUCCAGGCGGGCAAGCAGUUCGAGUACCUCACGGGCGGCCACGUCCUCGCGGGCUUCCACGAGGUCAUCGCGCACAAGGCCUGCGCCAAGGCCGCGCGCGACGCGAAGCGGGACGGCCGGAGCACGUGGCGCGUGUCGUCGACGUGCUUCUCCCAGAUCGCCUCCGACGUCGUCCUCGAGCCGCUGGGCGCCUUCGACAGCGCCGACGCGCGCGCGGCCUACCCGCCCAUCAAAACCGGCGACCAGGUCCAGGCGGAGCUCGUCGCCAUCUCCCUCGGCGCGAAGAAGGAGUGA